UGUCUGCGGAGACGUGGCUGCUGCGACCGCAGACGUCAACUGUGCGUUCGUGGCAGCGCGUGCACACCAACCACACACCAAUAGCACGCGCGGGCCACAGCCUGACGACGAUUGGCGACGUGCUGGUGAUGUUUGGAGGGGUCAUGAACGUUCCCGGGCCCAUCGUCAACGAAACGCGUCAACUGCAGGUGUUGGGCGACACGUGGGUGUACACGUGCGGGUCACCCACGCCAGACUGGGUGCAGCAAUCCAUGAACGCCAGCGGCACGACAACGACAUUGCCGCCCCCUCGCCAUUCGCACACGAGCGUCGUGUUGGAGCUCAACAUCUCUGGCUCCUGGCAGAAAUACGUUGUCAUCUUUGGCGGCACAAACAGCACAACGGUGCCGGUGAGCAGCCACUCGUCCUUCUUCAACGACAUGUGGGCGUACCAUCCCGGAAAUGGGACGUGGACGCUUGUGCCAGCGACAGCGUCUGGAAGCGAUGGACUGCCACAGAUGCGCCACAGUCACAGCGCCGUCACCACCGCCGAUGGCACCAUGAUCAUCCAAGGAGGCGCAGGCGUGCAGGGCGAGCACUUACGCGACAUUUGGGAGUUUAAUCCAACCACGCUCUCGUGGACGAAGCUCCAGCCAUGGUUCACCAGCCCAAAUUCGGCCUUUAUGGAGGCCAUUCGGUCGUCACCGGACAGUUUGUCCCAUCGCGACAGCUGGGGCCAGGUCUCCAUCGCCCUCGACAAGAAUGCCGUUCUCGCCCACUCCUUCCUGUCCUUUGGCGGAUUUGAAGCGGACAGAUUUUCCUCCCAGGCAUCCAGCCGCAUCAGGGAGUACGUGCGACCGCUGGCACCAGGCCACGACCACCUCGUGUUGUGGCGGGAGGCUGGAAACACCGCUGGGCCGUUCAGCCGCACGCUCGGCGCCGCUGCGCUGUGGGCGCGACCGAAACCCGCCAAUGCCACGACAAAACUCAAACUCAAGUGCUCGUCUCUGCCAUGGACCUGGAACAACGUGACGUACACCGGUUGCGCAAAACCGAUUGGCUUUGACAGAUUCAUCUGCCGCGUCGAGUACUUUUCUGAGUCGCGACCACCGCGCUGCUGGGACCGGACCGCGCAUCCGGAAUUCCUCUCUCUCCCGCCGAAAACACAGGACAACGAGGAGCAGGCCUUCUUCUACGAUUUUUGUGACGACACCUCGGUGCUGCUCUCUGGCGGCGUCUUCAACGGCGAUGCGGACCACAUCGGCGUCAUCGACUCGCCCGGGAUGGUGUGGGUGUUGACGGACGAUUUCUGGGCGCUGGACGGAAUUGUGUACACGACGGACGAGAACGACCUCCCACGCAGCCGAACAGACCAACCGACGUGGCGGCUGUUGACGGAUCCCGGUGACAACUGCAGUGCCACGGCCUCCGUUCGUCACGCCGCGCACACCAUGGACGGUCGUUAUCUUAAUGUCAUUGGCGGGCUGCGUGGGCGGCUGAGUCUUCCCUCAUCGGAAACCAUCGUCGCUCCUGUCGGCUGCACGAAAGGCCACUAUUCGCACAGCUACUUUGAUCUACCGUGCGAUCCCUGCUCCAAGGGAACAUAUGCACCAAACAGCGGUCACUUCUGUUGCAUUUCCUGUCCCGCCGACACAAGCACAGUUGACAACGGAGCAACGGAGGCGGGCCAGUGUGCUGCGUGUCCGGAUAAUUACUGCAAGCACGGCUCGUGCCAUUUCAACAACAGGACGCAGCGUCCGGAAUGCCACUGCAGCUUCGUCUACCUUGACGACAGAUGUGACAUACCGUGGGUGAUUGUGUUCACGGUGGUUGGCGGGUUCUUCGUGUUUGCGGGGCCUGUCGUGGUCACGUGGUACCGCCGAUACAAACAGCGGCUCGAGGUCAAGGAAAUCAGCGCUGAACAGACGCGCCAGGAACUGGAGGAGAUGCACCAAUCGUGGAUGAUUGCGAUUGAAGAGCUUGAGCACCUGCAUCUGAUUGGCGAGGGCGCGUGCAGCACCGUCUAUCGCGCCGACUGGCACAACAUGCGCGUCGCCGUCAAGAAACUCAGACCCGCGCUCCUGGAAUUGGAUCCAACGGGAUUCACCGAAGACUUUGCCCGCGAAAUUCGCGUCAUGCGGUCUGUGCGCCACGCCAACAUUGUGACGUUUUAUGGCGCCGGGCGAGAGGGAAUGGUCCCGUUUCUCGUCACAGAGUUUAUGGCGCGCGGAUCGCUGCAGGACUUGCUGCAAGAACGCGACGAGCCGUUCCCGCUGGAUGUCAAGAUUCGUUUUGCUCUCGAUGCCGCAAAGGGAAUGCGCUUCCUCCACUACCAUAACCCGCCCUGGAUACACAGGGAUCUGAAGACGGCGAAUCUUCUCGUCAACGAAUCGUACACCGUCAAAGUCGCGGACUUUGGCACGUCUCGCCUUGCAUCGCUCGACAAACCAAACACCACCCCCGUCAGAAGACAAAGCGGAAGCACCCAUCCAACGCCAGGGAAGAAGACCAAGGGCAAGAA